CAAGUGUAAACUGCGAUGGCUCAAUUUGUGACUCACAUACAGCCAACGCUGUUGGAGGCAUCGCAAGGUCAUGUGCCGCAUCAUCAUGGCCACCAGGUGGGCGUGCAACACUCAUCGCACUUGCCACACAGUGGCCACAACAUGCCCUCGCCCCCCACGGCCCACAACCAUCAUCAUGGUGGAGGCGGUGGACACGGCAACUCGUCCUCGCAUCAUCAUCACAAGCAACCGCAUUCAGAGCCGCAUCAUGCCGAGCAGCAGCAUCAGCAGCAUCAGCAGCCACACAGCAAAAAGUCACAUCAUGCGACGACUCAUCACGGCAAUCCCGUGAAGUCGCAUCCGCAUCAGAGUCCGCCAUCGGCGGUAUCCUCGCCUCCGGGGGAGCAUGUCGGUCACUAUGAUUACUUUCAGCAUCAGCAUGAGCUGGCAUUUCAGCAUCAUGGCGAGGGAGCCACGCCUACUCAUGGCAGUGGCAACAAUAAGCAUCACGAUAAGCAUGAGCAUUGCCCCACAGGACAUCAGAGUGCGGGCGAUGGCAACACUUCCUUCCUGCGUGCCGCACGUGCUGGAAAUCUAGAGCGCGUGCUGGAGCAUCUGAAGAACAACAUUGACAUCAACACCAGCAAUGCGAACGGUUUGAAUGCUUUGCAUUUGGCCUCCAAGGAUGGACACAUACACGUUGUCUCGGAGCUGCUGCGUCGCGGUGCAAUCGUGGACAGUGCCACCAAAAAGGGCAACACCGCGUUGCACAUUGCCUCGCUCGCCGGCCAAGAGGAGGUGGUGAAGCUUCUCCUCGAGCACAACGCUUCUGUGAAUGUGCAGUCGCAGAAUGGCUUCACUCCACUCUACAUGGCUGCCCAGGAGAAUCACGAUGCUGUGGUCCGCCUUCUGUUGUCCAAUGGCGCCAACCAGAGUCUGGCCACCGAGGAUGGCUUCACGCCACUCGCCGUUGCCAUGCAACAAGGCCACGACAAAGUGGUCGCCGUGCUCCUCGAGAGCGACACGCGUGGCAAGGUGCGUCUUCCUGCGCUGCACAUAGCUGCCAAGAAGGAUGACGUCAAGGCUGCCACGCUGCUACUUGAUAACGAUCACAAUCCGGACGUGACCUCGAAGUCGGGCUUCACGCCGCUGCACAUUGCCUCGCACUAUGGCAACCAGAACAUUGCCAAUCUGCUGAUCCAGAAGGGCGCCGAUGUCAACUACUCGGCCAAGCACAACAUCAGUCCGUUGCACGUUGCCGCCAAAUGGGGCAAGACGAACAUGGUGUCGCUGCUGCUGGAGAAGGGCGGCAACAUCGAGGCGAAGACCCGCGAUGGCCUCACUCCCCUCCACUGUGCCGCACGCUCCGGCCACGAGCAAGUCGUGGACAUGUUGCUCGAACGCGGUGCUCCGAUUAGCGCCAAGACCAAGAACGGACUCGCUCCCCUUCAUAUGGCAGCCCAGGGCGAGCAUGUGGAUGCUGCACGCAUUCUCCUCUAUCAUCGUGCCCCAGUGGAUGAGGUCACCGUCGAUUAUUUGACCGCGUUGCAUGUGGCAGCCCAUUGUGGACACGUGCGUGUGGCAAAGUUGCUGCUCGAUCGCAAUGCGGAUGCGAAUGCUCGGGCUCUCAACGGUUUCACGCCGUUGCACAUUGCUUGCAAGAAGAAUCGCUUGAAGGUGGUCGAGUUGCUGCUGCGUCAUGGCGCCAGCAUCAGUGCCACAACUGAGAGCGGACUGACGCCGUUGCAUGUGGCAGCGUUCAUGGGUUGCAUGAACAUUGUCAUCUACUUGCUGCAGCACGAUGCCAGUCCCGAUGUGCCCACUGUGCGUGGCGAGACGCCGCUGCAUUUGGCCGCACGCGCCAAUCAGACCGACAUCAUUCGCAUUCUGCUGCGCAAUGGCGCUCAGGUGGAUGCUCGUGCUAGGGAGCAACAGACACCGCUGCACAUUGCCUCGAGGCUGGGUAAUGUGGACAUUGUGAUGCUGUUGUUGCAACAUGGCGCUCAGGUGGAUGCCACCACGAAGGACAUGUAUACGGCGCUGCAUAUUGCUGCCAAGGAGGGACAGGAUGAGGUGGCCGCUGUGCUGAUCGAGAACGGCGCUGCCUUGGAUGCGGCCACCAAGAAGGGCUUCACCCCGCUGCAUCUGACCGCCAAGUAUGGGCACAUUAAGGUCGCUCAGCUGCUGCUGCAGAAGGAGGCGGAUGUGGAUGCACAGGGCAAGAAUGGCGUCACUCCGUUGCAUGUGGCAUGCCACUACAACAACCAGCAGGUUGCUUUGCUCUUGUUGGAGAAGGGCGCCAGUCCACAUGCCACAGCGAAGAACGGACACACUCCGCUGCACAUUGCAGCACGCAAGAAUCAAAUGGAUAUUGCCACCACGUUGCUGGAGUACGGAGCUCAGGCGAAUGCCGAGAGCAAGGCUGGAUUUACGCCUUUGCAUUUGAGCAGCCAGGAGGGACAUGCUGAGAUCUCGAAUCUGCUGAUCGAGCACAAGGCAGCGGUCAAUCAUCCAGCUAAGAACGGUUUGACUCCCAUGCAUCUGUGUGCUCAGGAGGAUAAUGUGAAUGUGGCCGAGAUUCUGCAGCGCAAUGGCGCCAACAUCGAUAUGGCCACCAAGGCGGGUUACACGCCUCUCCAUGUGGCUUCGCACUUCGGACAGGCGAACAUGGUGCGCUUCCUGCUGCAGAAUGGGGCCAACAUCGACAUGGCCACCAAGGCCGGGUAUACGCCAUUGCAUCAGACCGCUCAGCAGGGACAUUGUCACAUCGUCAAUCUUCUGCUGGAGCACAAGGCGAAUGCCAAUGCUCAGACUGUGAAUGGCCAGACGCCACUUCACAUUGCCCGCAAGCUGGGCUACAUUAGUGUCUUGGACUCGCUGAAGUCCAUCACGAAGGAGGAUGAGGCAGCUGCUGCUCCGGCACAGACUGAGGAAAAGUAUCGUGUUGUUGCGCCCGAGGCCAUGCAUGAAUCCUUUAUGUCCGACUCGGAGGAAGAAGGCGGUGACACAAAUUGGGAAUUGGACGCAUGCUACGAGUUUGGCAUUGGCGUUGGCCAAUUGAGGUCAAAUCCAUUCAAUGCUCAACUGAUCUAUCAGCCGUAUUACCAGGGCGACUUUCUUUACGUCUCCAGCGAAGAUAAUAUGCUAUCAGAUCAACCUUAUCGCUAUCUGACCGUUGAUGAAAUGAAAUCCCUAGGCGACGACUCGCUGCCCAUUGAUGUGACCCGCGAUGAGCGCAUGGACUCCAAUCGCAUGACCCAAAGCGCUGAGUAUGCCAGCGGAGUGCCGCCCACCAUUGGCGAGGAGAUGAUCAGUCCACACAAGGCUCAGGUCUAUGGAUCCUCACCCAAGGCCACCGUCGAUGGUGUCUACAUUGCCAAUGGCAAUGACAACGAUGAGCCGCCACAUGUGGGUCGCAAGCUGAGCUGGAAGAGCUUCCUGGUUUCAUUCCUGGUGGAUGCUCGGGGCGGGGCGAUGCGGGGCUGUCGCCACAGCGGAGUGCGCAUGAUCAUUCCGUCGCGCUCCACCUGCCAGCCGACGCGGGUGACCUGUCGCUAUGUGAAGCCACAGCGCACCAUGCAUCCGCCGCAGUUGAUGGAGGGCGAGGCUUUGGCCAGUCGCGUCCUCGAGCUGGGUCCCUGCUCGACGAAAUUCAUCGGUCCCGUUGUCAUGGAGGUGCCGCACUUUGCCUCCCUGCGUGGCAAGGAGCGUGAGAUCAUCAUUCUGCGCUCCGACAACGGCGAAACUUGGCGCGAACACACUAUCGACAACUCCGAGGAGAUUAUACACGAUGUCAUGCAGCAAUGCUUUGAGCCAGAGGAGAUCGCACAAUUGGAGGAGCAGGCUGGCAAUCAUGUGUGUCGCUUUGUCACCUACGAUUUCCCGCAGUACUUUGCUGUCGUAUCGCGUAUACGCCAGGAGGUACACGCCAUUGGACCCGAGGGCGGCAUGGUCUCCAGCACUGUGGUGCCUCAGGUGCAGGCCGUCUUCCCGCAGGGGGCGCUGACCAAGAAAAUCAAAGUUGGCUUACAGGCCCAACCGGUUGAUCCCGAUCUCACUGCUAAGCUGCUGGGUCGCGGGGUCGCCGUCUCACCGAUUGUAACGGUCGAGCCGCGACGUCGCAAAUUCCACAAGGCCAUCACACUGAGCAUGCCCGCUCCAAAGGCACACAGCCAGGGUAUGAUCAAUCAGUAUUCGGGCAAUACGCCAACGCUUCGCCUGCUCUGUUCGAUCACAGGUGUGUUUCGGAAAAGGUCUCUAAAAGGCGGACCAUCCCGUGCCCAAUGGGAAGAUGUUACCGGCUCCACACCGUUGACAUUUGUGAACGAUUGCGUCUCAUUCACAACGACAGUCUCAGCUCGCUUCUGGCUAAUGGAUUGUCGUAAUAUUUCCGAUGCCACCAAAAUGGCAACAGAAUUGUACAAGGAAGUCAUUCACGUGCCGUUCAUAGCCAGAUUUGUGGUGUUUGCCAAGAAGAUCGAACCCUUCGAGGCGCGUCUGCGUGUCUUCUGCAUGACCGAUGAUCGCGAGGAUAAGACGCUGGAGAAGCACGAACUGUACACAGAGGUUGCCAAGAGCCGCGAUGUCGAGGUACUCGAGGGCAAGCCACAGUACAUUGAAAUGGCUGGCAAUCUGGUGCCCGUCACAAAGUCUGGCGAUCAAUUGCAGCUGCAGUUCAAAGCCUUCCGAGAGAAUCGUCUGCCCUUCACAGUGCGGGUCAAGGAUCAGCAUGCCGACAUUGUGGGACGCACGCUGUUUAUGAAGGAACCGAAGGUGGCCAAGGGUGAGCCGCCACAGCAACCCAUCUGCAUACUCAAUAUCGUACUGCCCGAAGCGGUUAUACCCGAUUCGACAACCGCGUUCUCGGAGCGCGUCUCCUCGGCUUAUCGUACCUCGAUGUUCAGCUUGAGCAAACAUCAAAAUGAUCAUUACAUCGGCGACAUACGCAUUGUUGAUCUCUCCAAUUUGUUGGGCAAGGACUGGAUACAAUUGGCGCCAGAGAUUGGCAUCACGACGGAUGAGAUCGAUGAGAUCAUUAACCACAAUACCGACAGUAUUGCGCGACAAGCGCAGAGCAUGAUUCGGCUCUACAAAGAUAAACCCAACUAUGAAAUACUGGCACUGGAGACAGCGCUCAAGAACAUUGGACGCGAUGACAUCAUGAAGAAGUGCAAGAGUGGCCGACUUUCGCAUUCCCGGGAGUUCGACGAGGCUGAUCUCAUGAAGAACUCCGAAUCCGUCGAGGAGUUGGUGCGCAGAGAAAGCAAGCGCAUACAGCAGAUCAAUGAACGCGAGGAAGUGAAGUACUCCGCUGAGGAGAAGGAAAUUGAAGAGUCCGAGUCUGAUGAGGAACAAGCCAAACGCACAGUUGCCGAGCGCCGUGAGAAGAUCGUCAAGCGUCUCUCCAUGGAACGCUCCAUUCCUGCCUCCACACAAAAGAAGGAAAUCACACGUGAAAUUACCGAGAUCAAACGCAAGAGUUUGAUUGAGGACAAGAAGGCACAUCACGAGUCCGAGAUCCUUAUGCAGCUACCCGCCGACAAUGUCAUCAUCAAGACUGCGUCAGUACCUGACCAGGUCAUCAAGAUGAAGAUGGGCAAAAUGGAUUCGACGGAAAUCAGCAAAACCGACUUUGACAAAGAGUUGACGCACAAGCUAAAAACUUCUGGACGCAGCUCGGAGGAAGAAGAGCUGCCUUCACCAGAAAAGAUUGACAAGAUUGUCCAGGACAUCAGCACUGCUGAAAAGACAUCCAAGGACACGGCAACCACAAGCCGCAUGGCUUCCAUAACUCGCCAGGAAGCACGCGACAUUACCGAGGACUUCCUGGAGUUUGAGAAACGUAGCCAACUGCCAGCUUCAACGACACCCACAUCGAUAACUGUCCACGAGAAGUUCGUCGAGGAGUUCAAGGAGAAGACGAGUCCAGUGGCAGCAAUGCCACAGGAAACGAUCAAGGAAGUCGAACAGGUUAUCAGCGAAGUAACUGAGACUGCCAGCAAAAAGGUGGAAAAUAUUAUCAGCUCCUUCGAGUCUGGCAAACAGGAAAUCAAGGAGGAGAUCAAGGAGCAGUCCACUGAAGUUGUCUCCGAAACGAAGAAGGUCAGCGAAACUAUUAAGCAUCUCCAGGAUGCGCAGUCAUUGUCAAUGGAACAGGUUUCCAAGACUGUGGAAAUUGUCGAGAGCACAAAGAUUGAUGAGAAAAUUGCCGAUUUCGAGGCCAAGAAGGUCAAGUACGAUUUCCAUGGUGGUGAGCCCAAGACACAAAUUCCUAAGCUGAUGAAGAAACCCAGCGAGGAACCCCUGAAGCCCACGGCAGCACCUCGAGCCACAGCUGAGACUGUAGAGGUCGAGAAACCAGCUGAGGCCAAGGUGGAAAAGCCAAUUUCCAAAAUACCAGUGAAAACUGGAAUGGAAAUUGAUGCACGUAAGAUGACACAAGAUUUUCUGCAAUCUGAACAGAAGACCCAGUUGGCAGCCGAACCUAAGGCAGCUCCAGCUGCUAGUAAAAUACCCAAAGUUGAGCCCAGAAAGUCUGUCGAGAAACUGGCAGAAAAAGACAUCAAAGUAUUCGACGACAUUGUAACAUCAACUGCCACAAUUAUGACAUCAGGCAUGGCUUCCGAGCUGCCAAAGGAGCAGGCGGAAGUUGCUGCCAAGGGCGACACUGUCACAGAGAAGGUAACGGAGUUAAUCGAUACCUUCCACAAGAUCGAGGAGAAGGUUACGAAAACGGAGAAGCCCGCUGAAAUAGCCAGCAAGUUGGAGGAGGAUUUAAUCUCCGUUCAGCCCAAAGAAGAUAAGGUGGCCGAAAAGGUAGCCGAGGUAGUUGAGACUUUCCAUAAAAUCGAGGAGCAAAUCGUGCUUGAUAGCCACAAGCUAACUCAUGAUUUCCUGAGCAUGGAACAGCAAAGUCAACUGCCAAGCAUGCCACCAAAAACUGAGACAGCAACAACCUCUGAGCCCGAGACCGUAAUCUCUUUGAAGCCAGCAGUGCCAGCUAGCAAAAUCCCUCAACCAACGUCUACUGCUGAAAUUCUGCCCAAGUCGGAAAUAGCUGCCAAGGCCGAGACUGUGACCGAGAAGCUAACCGAUUUAAUAGAUACCUUCCACACAAUCGAAGAGAAGAUUACAACAACUGAAAAGCCCGCUGAAAAAGCCAGCAUAAUCCCCAUUCAGCAGGAACAGCCCAAGGAAGAUAAGGUGGCUGAAAAGGUAGCCGAAGUAGUUGAGACUUUCCACAAAAUCGAGGAGAAAAUCGUGCUUGAUACCCAUAAGAUAACUCAUGAUUUCCUAAGCAUGGAACAGCAAAGUCAACUGCCAAGCAUGCCACAAACAACUGAGAAGAUUAUCAUGUCCAGCCAGACAUCAACAACCUCUGAGCCCGAGUCCGUAAUCUCGGUGAAGCAAGCAGCACCAGCCAGCAAAAUCCCUCAGCCAACAACGACUACUGAAACCGACUCAGUAGUGACAGCAAAGCCAGCACCUCCAGCUAGUAAAAUUCCAGUGGUUGAACCCAGAAAAUCAUUGGUUGAUGAAGCCAUCAAACCAGCAGCUCCAAAAGCGCAGCCACUAAACGAACGUCAACUUACCGAGGACUUCCUCAACAUGGAACAACAAACACAGCUGCCAGCUCAGCCUAUUAAGAGCACAGUCAGUGAACUGAUUAUAAAUACCGCCAAUAUUGAAACGACAAUCCUGCCUGAAGAUGUCCAGCCCCAAGAGGCCACAAUUAUUAAAAAAGUUGAACAUAAGCCAGCUGCCGAAUCGCAGCUAAUUUCUGGCGAUGGCAUCGAGUCGGCGGCACCAAUUGGUGAAGUCUCACCAUUUGCCACACGCAAGAUGACCGCCGAUUUCCUGGCCAUGGAACAACAAACACAACUUUCCUGCGAAUAUGACAGUGACACCUUUGGCAAACGAGCCACUGUGCCUCUAAGUGAGACCAUCACAAAGGAUGAAGGACUCGUGGCUCCGUUAUCGAUCGAGCCACGCAAGUCCUUAACCGAUGCCGAGUUCUGCAAAUAUGUCGGCGACACCAUCACCAAAAAGAUGAGCGAGGGUUUAAUUGAGAUGACUGAUGAGCUCAAACAAAUCGCGAGUGACAUUCCACAUUCCCAAACUCCACCACCAACACCGAGUGACGCCAAAACUGAAAAGCAGACUGAGCAGCCCGAUCAUGGCAGCUUAGAGCGUGAUUAUCUAGCCGACACUGUGACCACAUUGCACUCGACCACAGAGUCGACUUUUGAACGUGUCUCUGCCAUUUCAACAAUUGAAGGCCUUACAAAAACUUCAAUUGAACCAGUCUCCAUUCAGCAUACAGUUCAAAUUUCUCAACAAAUUGGUGAUGAUGUUAAAGUUGGUGAUGAUCACGAUGAUGGUGAUGGUGAUGAUGGUCGUGAUGAUGAUCGUGAUGAUGCAUUCGAUGAUCGUGUGGCGCGCAUACGCGAGGAAGCCAAAAUUCUUGUCGAUCAUGUGCUCGAAGAGAGUGUUGAUUUCAUUGAGAGCCAUGGCGAGCAGACCAAUGGUCUGCACGAUUCCAUAAAGCACGAAUAUAAUUCUGAGAGUGAUAACUAUGCCAUCACAUGCGAUGAUAUUGGCGGCGUUGAUGUCAUCAAAUCGCCAACCAUUGAGUCCAUGUCCGGCAAAUCAUUCGAUGACAAUAUGAGUUUUACCGAUGAGCACAUACAUUUACCCUUGCAUGCCCAAAACAUAACAGCUACAACAACAACAACAACAGUUACUACACAGAUCCAACAACAACAACAACUAAGUCAACAGCAUCCGCAGCAGCAGCCACAAUCCCUGAUCAAUGUUGCAGCCCCAUCAACAGUGACAGCAAAAGUGCAUAGUGAAGCUGUCGCUGAUAAAUCGGAGGUGCGUACUAGACGCAUCGAUCACAAAAUUGAUAAACUAUCGGCAGAGCCACUAGACGAUGUGAGUGCCCGCUUCGAUGAGGCAUUCGAGACGGCAGUGCAGGAGGAUGAGAUAAGCGGUCUUCAGGGCGAAUUCUCGAAGCUCAGUUGGGACGACAGUGUAUCGCCCACGACAAACACUAUGGCCGAUAUGGCUCAGAAUCAAUUAACACCCGAUAAUGAUAUACAAGAGUUGACGACAGAAACAGGCGGCGAUAUACCAAUCUCAACAGAUACCACUCCCAUACCAACGCAAGCAGCACAACCACCAACAGCAGCUGAACCUCUGGUCGAAACCAAUACAAUCACGACCACGACCAGCCAUGACACACCCACACCAAAGCCUCGCGUACUCAAAGCAAGCUCCCCCGUCUCCAUGACCGCGUCCGUUUCCAUCUCCGAUGGCACCGAUAGCACAACCAUUCCAACUCAAGUGCAACAACCCGACUUACCAAUUGAUAUAAGCAUCGAUGCCGCCGCACCAGUUCCGAAGCCGCGUGCUCCCAUCAAGCACAACGAACAGUUUGAGAAUCUCGCCGCCUUGGGCGAACAAUCGGAUAGCAUUAGCUUACGUAGCUUUGAUUUCACCGACGAACUCUCAAAAACCGACGAACCCUCAACGGAGCUGUCGAUCCGUUCGCAGCAACGCGAUGUGGUGACCACCGCCACUGCGACCACAACUGCCUCUGAGGAUCAUACCGAAAGCUUUGAGCCAACGAGCGAAAUUUCAGUGGAUGAUGCAGACACUGAGAAAUCGGACGGUGGGGAGAAAGCAACUAGCUUUUACAUCGGUGAAUCCAGUCGGAAUGUUAUUACCAAAACUUCGACAGCAAAGUCGCCUAGCCUAACGCCACAGGAUGAAGAGGCCAAGAUCAUUGAGGCCAAGGAUAUUUGUCUAAUGAAAGAGGUCUCCGUUGACUCCGAUGAGGCCAAUGAUGCCUUCAAAGAAUUUGUUACCAUGAAACCAGAUGAUUCCUUUGCGUUGGAUAGCAAAAUUGUCAGACAGGGCUCAGAGACUCGCAACGAUAUCUUGGAAUUUGAAAAUGUUGACAAGGAAAAAUCCACGGAUGCCAAGAUGUCUAAGGUGACCACGGAAGAGAGUCUAACAACAUCAACUGGUUCAAGUGGUCGCGCUGUCAUUGAGAUAGCACCCUCAAGUAGCGAAGAUCCCGAUGAAUCAAGCAAGGAAAUUCCUGAGAUUGUCAAUACAAUCAUUGAAAAACAGGAAAAAUUCGAGUUACCUCUGGAGAAGAGCGAGUGGGAGAUUUCUGAAAAGGAAAUUCCCGCUGCCAGCAAACCAAAAGUGGUACAUUCACCACAACAACCACAGGAAUCCAUGACGAAGAGCGUCCUUGGCGAGGCACUCGUAGGUGAACCCAUUGCAGAGGUGCAGGAAACCGCGGAACUGAUUAAAAAGGAAUUUAAACUGAGCACAGAACCUCAAGAAACUUUUUCAGCUGCUGCAGAGCCUGAGGAUUUAUCCUCAUUCAUAGGCAUCCCCGAUAUGCAAGCCUCCUCAAUUGACAGCACCCAGCCACCAGAAGGUCUCUUCGACACCACCAUCAGGGAGACACUAAAUAAGCAGGCAGCCAUGGCGCAUUAUGCCAAGGAUGUGUUUGGUCAAGUGGAGCGCCGUGACGAUCAUGGUUCUCUUGGAUUCGUUUCCACCGGCACAGCUGAAGACUUUAGUUCCAUGGAGGAGCAUUUGGCCAAGGAAGAGCAGGGCUCACUGGGUUUCAUAUCCACUGAAACAGCUGAGGAUUUUAGCUCAAUGGAAGAUUACUACACGGAAAGAUUAGCCACAGCUUCAGUUGUUGCUGAAGAAAGCGUAGCCGACAAAUCGUCGGCCAGUGCGUUUGAAGAAGUUGUCUCGGAUCAAAGCAUUAAGCCAGUUGAUUUAGUAGUCCAUCGCAUUAAAACUGAUUCGUCACCGGAGUCCAUGAACCGUUGGUCCAUUCCCGAUGUGGAUAACUCGAGCUCUAGCGAAAGCUACCACAAGAGUUUCGAAAAGUCACAAAGCCGUCCGCUUUCGUCGGACGUUGAGAAUUUGCUCACAGGAACUGGAACUUCCAGUGAAUAUCAAACUGCCAUGGAGUUUACAUCAACCUGCCGCGAUGGCACUGAAUACAUGAGUGCUGUGAGCACCUUGCGCAGCAGCAGUGGCAAGUCCAUCAGCUCCCACGAGAGCAUGCGCAGCUUGGACUCACAGUCAGAAACAUCAGCCAAUCUGGCAAGCAUUGAUGUAUCCGAGCUAUCGGAAACUUUGGUAGCUUCAUCAACAGAAGCCGAUGCAUUGGAAGCUGAGGAAAUGGCACGUCUGCAUGAUCUGCGCGCCGAUGACGAUGAUAGUGACGAAAGCUUGGAUAUGGCAGCCUCAGCUUAUCCGAGCGCUGAGCAACAGAGUCUCAUGAAGCGCUCACAAGAAAUGAUCUUCAAACCAAAGUCCGAAUCAGAUGUUUUGCCUCAACAACCAGCAGCGGAAGCUGUGCAGAUUGAAGAGUAUCCCAAGCCAAAGGAAACCGAACGCACUUGGGGUCUAGCAUAUCCCAUGGACGAAAAAGACAGCAAAAUUGAUAGUCCCAGAGAUAGCGAGAAAGGCGAGGAUAUACUAUUGUAUCACGGCGAUGCCAGACGUUCAAUUGACGAAUCUAAAUUAGCAUCGAGCUUGGAUGAAGGCAGUAUACUCUCGGUCAGCAUGUCGAGCACAUCGAAUAUUGACACAGUUGUGGAGAACUUUGAGGAUAUUAUCGGUUCAGCUGGAUCGUCAUCAUUGACGGGCAUUGAAGGUUUCCAGUAUGGUCACGAUGAAAUGGUGCCAUCCGCAUCAUUGCCCGAGGACACCACUUUCGUGCUGGAAAUGGAAAGCAAAGAGCAUUCACCUCAAGACUCUAACGCCAGCACUCCACCUGGUGGUGAAUCAAAGCGUCGCGGCCACAAACGCAACGAGAGUACCACAAUUUCAGGAGAUGCCUUGAAAAAUGUCGACAAAGAUGCACCAUCGCCAGGCGAAGGCAAGGAAUCAGAGAGCGAGUCGGAUACAGAUCCCUAUGAGUCAGAGUAUGCUCGUCAAUUCCGCUCACCAAAAGAACGAAAAAAUAAGAAAAAGAAGCAAGCAGCAGCUGAAAUGGAUCACAGUGCCGAGCUGGAGAAACGUCCUUUCACACCAUCUCAACUUGUAGCCGAGGUAAUUGUCGAGGAUGCCACCGAGGAACUGGAAGCAGAGGCUGCCAUGAUUGAGGAGCGUCGACCAUCGCAAAACAUGCAAGACUAUUCUAAUAUUCCCGACAUUAUGGUAACCGAACAUGUGAAAUCUCCGAUUGAGGAGGAAUCCGAUGAAUUUCCCGAGAAGAGUCUGUACAAGGUGCGCACCGAAGAGGAGCUGAACAAAGCCAGUGAUGUGGAAGCGUAUAAGGCCAAGGCCGAAGAGAAGGAACUCGACUUCCAAAGGCGUGUGCAGGAGCAGUACAAACAGAAGCUCGAGGAACUGAAACGCGCUGAAAUCGGAGCCGAUUAUGAUGAUCAUAGAGCAGCCGAUUCCCCAGACUCCUUUGAAAUGGUUGAGCAGCCCGAUAUCUCCGAUGAGUUUGUCAUCAUCGAAGAGGUGGCCAAGGAAGCCAACGAAGUGGAUCUUGGUGGCAAGAGCAUCAAAAUCAAGCCAACAAAGUACGAGCAAAAGCACGAUGAGGACGUUGAGAAGAUUAUCAUCAAAUCCGCACCAGCGGAUCCCAAGCUUGGCUCGCAGCUCUACAAGGACGACUUGAACUUUGAGUUCGAGGAAAGUCCACCAACAGGAGCCAGCAGCAGCAGCGAGCAGCCGGAGGAGAGCGACUCAAGUGACACAACAGCAGCGAAUAAGCGUUGGGUCGAGAUGCAGCUAACUGAUACCCAAUUGCGUUAUCCGUAUGAUCUCACGGGUGCCGUGCUGGAGGACAUCAAGGAGGAGGACGGCGAAUUCGAGGUGGGCAGCAGUCGCAUCAGCAGCUUCAAGGACUCUUUCUCGAGCACACCCGAAUACGAUUUGGCUGCACGUCGUUAUCACUCUCGUGGCGAACACGACGAUGUGUCAAUGAGCAGUCUGCAGGAGUUCGAAUCCCUGGAGCAGGCCAUCUCGCUGGAGAACCGCAAUCGAGGAACCCAUCAAGGCUCCACGGACUCCAGCAACGGCAGCUUUACUCGCCGCUACAUAGUAAGACACAGCGGCAGUGGAGCAGCGCCUGGCGAUGAUGUUUCCAUAUCCAGUCUGAAGGAUUUCGAGGGUCUGGAGAAUGCAUGCAUUGAGGCGCAUCUCAUCGAGAUCAAGGCCAAGGAAGAGGCGGCGCUACUGUCACGAUCCGACGAAUCCAACAAAUCCAACGGCAGUGAAAAUGGCGCCGUUGGCAAUGUGGUGGUCACCAAGGUAACACGCACAGUCACCCGCACCGAGGUUGUGCCCUCGGGUCAGGCGGAAAACCUGGAACUAUUGCUCAAGCAACAACUGGAACGAGAGGAAUCCGAUGCCAAGGCUGGCAUAACCACAGUCAAGGGGGCGACUGAUAUUGUCAGCAGUGAGUUGGAAGGCAAGUCGAAGAUCGACAGCCAGGAUUCCGAAAAGGACAGCAUCGAUAGCAUGGAGAUCAGAAGUCAUGACAUGAUGACCAGCAGCAUCGAGAGUUUCGAUAUAUCAAAGGAUGCAACGACAAGAUCGGACAUCGAUUCACUCGAAAUUGAUAAACGUCAUUCGCGACAGGAGAGCAUCGAAUCGUUUGGAGACGAGCAGAUGGAUCUGAUGUCCAAACUGGUCAGUGGAGGCGGGGUAACAUUGGGAGAUGGCUUGACCACAACCACAACGACAACAACGACAAGCACAGAUGCCGAUGGCCAAGAGCAUACGGUAACUAGGGUGAUAACCACAACGACAGUCGCUGGUGGCAUUCAAGAGUUGCCCAUGGACGAAAGCUACAUGUCUAAGGAUCUCUCUGUGGACUCACUGAAUCUGUGCAUUGAGCAAACGACUAGCUCAGCGGGCACCACAGCCACGUAUCAGACAAGUGCCGGCAAUUCACAGAUGUCGGGCAGCGUGACAAGCUGUGCAUCGAGUACAUUAAUGGAGGAUUCAUUCCCUGGUGUGGGUGGCAUGUCGUCGUCACAAAUGUCGGCCAGUUUCUGGUCGCAUGACGAGUCCACGGUGGUUGAGGAUGAUGAUCCAAAGACGACGCAACAGCAACGCCAGUGAAUCUCGAGGAUUGAGAGAAUUACGAGUUACGAUUUAUAAAAUAUUAAUGAAGGGCUUGAACAAUGACAUAAGAAUAUUUGGCUAGACAUGAAGUCCCAUUAAGGAUGACAUGGAUAUGGACCAUAAAACACACUGGAUGGAGCGCCAACUCUAACAAGAACAACAUCACCAAGUUGACACAUCACUGAUUUGAAGGCCACUUGAACUUAUCGAGUAUCGAUUUAAAAAUGAAUGGAAAAACUUAAAGAAAAUACGAAAAAGAAAAACAAACUAGCAAAAUUCGGCAUUUUUUCAUAAACCUAAACAUUUUAAAUGAAUUUGAAAUGCAUACAUGAGUUUUUAAAUAAACAAAUAUAUAUAUUUUAUAUAUUUAUAAAAACUAUAAAAUCGCAAAAUUGAUAUUGAAUAUGGCAAGCAUUAGCUGUUUCGCAUUUUCGUAUAAUUGGCUUUAAUAAGUAUUAAAAAAAACUGUAUGAAAACACACAAAAAAAAAAAACAA